GCCUAACUUCCCUUCUCCAUUUUCGCCUAAAAAAAUACAGCGGCAAUCCAAUUUGGUGAAAUUUUUUCCUCAGAUUCACAAUCUCGUGCAAAUUCCUAGCGCUGCCGCCUGCGUACAAGCUCUCCCUCAGCCACUACUUUAGACGACCAGCAGUAUUCGACCAGAGACCUCUCCCUGCUAUUUCUAGGGAUUCGACGAGGAACAAGAGCUCCGUCCGCCACUCGUUUCGGUGUCUUUCGCUUACUCAAUUCCAGUUUGGUGCAAUUUGUUCAUCAAUUGGGUUUGAAGUUUGAUUCUGUGGCAGCAUUUGUGGCCAUUCCUGAAAAAAAGGUCUUAUAUCAUGGGUAGAGGCAGAAUUAUUACGGAAUUUAUUAGCAAAGUAUUGUCCCCUUCUGCCUCCCCCUCGAUCUACCAUUGCAGCAGCAUUUAGCCCAGACGGGAAAACCCUUGCAUCAACUUAGUAAGUUCCCACCUUUCACCCCAUAUUGUAAGAAUGGUAUGUGUGUAUAUUUAUAUUAUGCUUGUCUUGGUUUAAAAUAUAAUCAACCUUUCAAUUUGCAAUUAUGGGUUCUUGUCUCUCAUGGCCUCUUUCAAAACCUUUUGACUCACUACCAUAAACAUUAGGGCAGUGGUGACUUACACAAUUUGGACUCACACAGUUUUACAUAUUGACCUUAGAUUUUUGGUUAUAUAUGAUGUCAGUGGUGAUCAUACAGUGAAGAUAAUAGAAUGCGAAGCUUGUAAACCUGUAUAGCAAAGAAACACUUCCACAAAAUAUCAUCCAAGUCUUCAUGAACUUGUUGGCACACACAGCAUCGUGUAUCCAUCUUCAAAAAACUGUUUUGCCUAUUUGUUGUCUGCAAUCUACUCCAAAUAAUGAUCAUGGAAUAGAACACAGAUCACCCCUAUAGUUUUACACAUCAUGGCUACCGCUUCAUUUAUUUGCUUGUCUGAAUAAGGUGGUUACUUUGUUGGCACACACAGCAUCGUGUAGAUCUUUUUUAAAUCAGGUGGUUACUUUGUUGAAAAUGCUUUCUAAUGCUCUAGAAAAGUGCCCAUCACUUGGCAUUUCAGCUGGUGAUGAGGUGUGUGUAGCUAGGUAUAUUCUUGAGGUAAAUAAUUACAUCUUUUUUCACUAUUUUAACUUGUGGCAUCCAUGGUGUGACUGUAACAUAACUCUUACUCCGAGGAUUGCAUCCUUUGAUUAUUCUUGUUUGUUUUUUUCACCUUCGUGGCCAGGGCGAUUGGAAUGGUGUCGGUGCUCACACAAACUACAGGUAAAGAAUGCUUAAGUUUCAGGCCAUACUGGCUGAAGGAAAAGCCAACAGAUUAUGAUAAAAGUGGCAGUGUUGGCUCAAUGAAUGGAAUGGAGGUCAGGCUUGGAGUUGGUCAGAGAUGGGUGGUUCGUGAUAAGAGUUUUUUUCUAUUCUUCCAGCUAGCCUCAAAACGGACACAGAAGCUAAGGAUUCUUGGCCUCCAUGGUAAGAGGGAGAAAUUUGCAUUGAAGUUUUGUAAUGAAGUGUGCUAUUUCUUUAAGUCUUGCAAUGAAAUCUGCAAAAGAAUCAUAUGACUACUUUAAGAAUACAUGCAGCAUCCACAGCCGCAGCAGCAACCCCUUAUGUUCUCUCCCACCAGAGAAUGUUGCUCUUCAAACUGGAGAUCAUAAAAAGUCCUGAUGAAUAAUACUUAUUGCAGGCAGUGGUUGGUGCAGGAUGCCCUGGAACUUAGCCUUUGGAGUGAAUUUUUUAAUUUCAUAUAUGCUGUUGGACUAGGUUGUGAUCCUGAGCUUCUAUAUAUAGGUGUCAGUAGAGUUGUGAUGUUUUAGUCUUUCUGUACCAACAUAUUUGGAGU